AAGCACCGCAUUACAACCUCGAAUCUUCAUUUUCAGGAUAUUCUUGCGGACUCAUCGUAUGUAUUCACCAACUCCAAUCCGUACCUCGACUAUCCUCGCCCAAUGCUUCACAAAACUGUCCCCAUCGGAGGUAUCGCUGUCCAUAUUGACCCCAAGAAAAAUGCUUUGUCCAAGGAAUGGGACAGCAUAUUGAACGAGAGGAACACAACAGUACUGGUGUCAUUUGGCUCAGUGGCCAAAUCGAUAUACAUGCCAGAUGAGUAUAGGAACACUCUGCUGGAAGUUUUCGAAAGCAUGCCAGAGACCACUUUCAUAUGGAAAUACGAGAAAGAAAAUGCACAAAUAGCUGCUCACCUGAAGAACGUUCAUCUUAGUACAUGGGUACCACAAAACGCUCUCCUCGCUGAUCCUCGUCUAACAGCUUUCAUCACUCAUGGAGGCUUGGGCAGCACCACCGAGCUCGCCCACCUAGGAAAACCUGCAAUAUUGAUACCGAUUUUUGCUGACCAGACCAGAAAUGCUCAUAUGCUAGCCAAACACGGCGGCGGCAUUGUUCUGAACAAAUUCGCAUUGGAGCAGCCACACACACUCAGGGACUCUCUAAAAAGGAUCUUCGAUGAUGCAAGGUACGAGUUAGUGUGCAAUAAAAAUCGGAAGACGACUGUACGAAUUGUACGAACUACUCUGCCGAUUGAGGAUCAUUUUAGUUUCUCCAACAACGCUAAGCGACUGUCAGAGAUGCUUCUGAAUCAGCCUAUCAGUGCUAAGCAACUGCUCAUUAGACACAGCGAGUUUGCAGCCAAAUUUGGACGUCUACCCAACCUCGACCCUUAUGGGCGACAUUUAUCAUUCAUAGCGUAUUAUCUGAUCGACAUCUUCCUUAUCGUUACGAGUGUUGUUAUUGUUAUUGCUUUCGUCGUUGUUAUGUUUAUUAGGCGGUGUUCUUCCUGGCGUAGAGCUAAAAGCAAGAAGGAAUAG